AUGGCUAGGCAGAAUGGGGUGCAGAUCCCGGAAGGUAAUGCGCCGUACUUUUCGGACGUGCAAGACGAGAAUGCGACGAGGAAGGCGUUGAGUCUGGAUAGAAAUGCUGAAGUGGAAAGGGCGUGGAUGUUGAAACUCGCGGGGUACAGAAAAGACGCUGAGGAGGGUAAGGUACCCUUCCCGUUGAACAUCCCUGGCUACGAAGUAUUGGAGGAUGUGGAGGUGACGCGAUUAGAAGGAGAUGUCGAGGUAUGGGAUGGCUGGUUGGCUAGUAUGGGUUACACCGACAUUCUUCCUUCCCCUAAAAGCGAUGGAAGCAGUGGCAAGAAGACGCCGCUGGCCUCGAAGCGACUAGCGGCCCGAACGAAACGACUCAAAGCGAUCCAGCAACGAGAAGCAGACCGGCAGUACCUCGAACAUAUCGCGGACCUACAGCGCCAAGCACUUUCCAUGGGAUAUGAGUUCCCUGAAGGUAUCCCAGGUUGGGAAGAGGUCCAUACCUCGGAGCAACGUCGUAUAUUAUGGGCGGUGUAUACAAAUCAAGUCAACGCCACGUCGAAGAAGAAGAGGAAAAAGGCGCGACGAGGAUCACGGAAUUCGAACACCAUCACCACUCCCGAGGAGCAGGCCCGAAAAGAACGCUACACGUUCUUGAAAGAGAGACUAGAGCAACCAUACUGGGAAGAGCGAGUACGUGAGACCGGAGAGUCGAGAAGCGCCAUCUUGCGAGCCGGAGGGAGGUGGCCGGAAGACGCGACAUACGAGGAUGAUAAUGAUGAGGAGUUGAAGGAGCUGGUGGGUUAUAUAACAGAAUUUUUGGAGCUGAAGGAAGAGUUUGGAGAUCAAUAG